AUGCCUCUCGCCAGACACCUCAACACCGACUUCCUCGUCAGGACUUCCCAGGACCACAAGCACAUCCAUAGCUCCACUGGUCACCUCGCGACCCACGCCUAUGGAGCCCGCUAUGGCACGGAGCCCGUCCCCAAGUACAGAAUCCCGUCCAAGGGUGUCGACGCCCAGGCUACCUAUCAGCUGCUGCACGAUGAACUCACCCUCGAUGGCACCCCCGCCCUCAACCUCGCCUCCUUCGUCCACACCUGGAUGCCCAAGGAGGCCGAUCAGCUCAUGAUGGAGAACAUCUCCAAGAACCUCAUCGACCAGGACGAAUAUCCCAUGACCCAGGUCCUGCAUACCCGCUGCGUCUCCAUUCUCGCCGAGCUAUGGCACGCGCACUCUUCCCAGGAGGCCAUCGGCACCGCCACCACCGGCUCCUCCGAGGCUAUUCAGCUCGGUGGGCUGGCCAUGAAGCGCAUCUGGCAGGAGCGUCGCAAGGCCGCUGGUAAGUCCAUCCACGAGCCCGGCCCGAACAUCGUUAUGGGUGCAAAUGCCCAGGUCGCCCUCGAGAAGUUCGCCCGCUACUUCGACGUAGAGUGCCGCCUCGUUCCCAUCUCCAAGGAGAGCCACUAUUGUCUUGAUCCCCAGCGCGCCAUGCAAUAUGUCGACGAGAACACCAUUGGCGUAUAUGUCAUCCUGGGAAGUACAUACACCGGGCACUAUGAGCCUGUGAAGGAGAUGGCUGCGCUCCUGGACGAGUACGAGGAGCGUACGGGGAACAACGUGCCGAUCCACGUCGACGGUGCAUCGGGCGGGUUCAUUGCUCCCUUCGCGACACCCAAGCUCGAGUGGGACUUCCGCAUCCCACGCGUGGUCUCGAUCAACACCUCGGGGCAUAAAUUUGGACUCUCGUAUGUUGGCGUCGGGUGGGUCGUGUGGCGGUCGAAGAAGUACCUGCCGAAGGACCUCAUCUUCGAGCUGCACUACCUGGGCAGCGUCGAGUACUCGUUCUCACUCAAUUUUUCGCGACCCGCACACCCAAUCAUUGCGCAGUACUUCAACUUCAUACACCUCGGCUUCGAGGGCUACCGCAAUGUCGCGCUGCAGGAUCUCAAGAACGCGCGCCUCCUCAGCCGCGCGCUUGAGAAAAGCGGAUACUUUGAUGUCCUCAGUGACAUCCACCGCCCUGUGGAGACCUCGACCGUCGUCCCGGGGGGGAAGCAGGUGAUCGAGUUCGACGAGGAGAACGUUGAGAACUAUGUCCCCGGCCUGCCGGUGGUAUCCUUCCGCUUCUCAGACAAGUAUCGCGCAAAGUACCCUGAGGUGCAGCAGAAGUGGGUGCAGACGUUGCUGCGCGCUAAGGGGUGGAUCGUGCCCAACUACGAGCUCGCGCCGGACCUCCAGAGCGUCGAUAUCCUCCGUGUCGUCGUCCGCGAGAACACGUCCGCGGUCAUGAUCGACCGGCUCGUCGGUGACAUCGUAGAGGUUGCGGAGGGCCUCGGGGACUCGGACAAUCCGACUAGCGCGCUCAGCAAGCUUGAGAGCAGGAAGACUGAAGAGGGGCGCCGUGGUAAGCUCCCGGAUGGCUCAGGAAGCAAGUCCAACGGCACCUACGCGAAGCAGUGCUGA